CGCCGGUAGUGGUGGAACUCGAACGGGACGUCUGGCAAUCGGGUAAAAGAGGGAAGGAGGAGCGAUUUCGCGCGUAGAGCGGAUUCCAAAUUUUCGAGAAACCGGCUAGCUACUUUCUCGGGGAAUCGGCGAAACGAUCGGUCGAGCGCACGAGUCCGUCCAGCCGAGUCCGACGAGAUGUCUGUUAUGGGAAAGCCGGUUCUUUACUCCUACUGGCGGAGUUCCUGCUCGUGGAGGGUGCGAAUCGCUUUGAACCUCAAAGAAAUACCAUACGACAUCAAACCUGUGAGUUUGGUAAAAAGCGGCGGGGAACAACAUUCCAAUGAAUUCCGUGAAGUCAAUCCGAUGGAGCAGGUACCGGCUCUACAUAUUGACAAUCACACGAUCAUAGAAUCGCUGAACAUCUUACAAUACUUAGAAGAAACUAGACCACAUCGCCCUUUAAUGCCAGCCGAUCCAGUAAAACGAGCCAGAGUGAGAGAAAUUUGUGAAGUGAUCGCUAGUGGCAUUCAACCCUUGCAAAAUUUAGUGGUUUUAAUUUACGUCGGGGAGGAACGUAAGAAGGAGUGGGCACAACAUUGGAUCACCCGAGGUUUCACAGCCGUGGAAAAAUUAUUAUCCUCGAGUGCAGGUAAGUAUUGCGUGGGCGAUGAAAUCACGUUAGCAGAUUGUUGUCUAGUACCGCAAAUAUUUAACGCCAGAAGGUUUCACGUCGACUUGAGACCGUUUCCUACCAUUUUGAGGGUAGAUCGUCACUUAGAGAAUCACCCAGCUUUCACUGCCGCUCAUCCCAAUAAUCAGCCCGAUUGUCCACCGGAAGCAACCAAGUAGCAAGCAAGGCAGACCACCCUGUUCCUCUUUUAAAUUUCUUUUUAAAAGAAACAGAGGUGGUCCUCGACUCGGCUGCUGGACAGUGAUAAAAGGUGGUGCGUUGCUUCUCUCGAUGUUUGGAAUAUUUUAUUAUGUUGAAGGAUCCUGACUCCGGUGCGCUUUUAAGUCAUGAAUCUGUGAUGCUACAUUCCAUAAUUCGUUCUCAUUUUAUUUUGCUCUAGAAAGAUUGAAACGUGGCAAAGAGUAACUUGGGUUUUAAAUAUUUUUUUACAGCUACUAGUACGAUGUAACCUGAAGGUGUUUUUUAAUAACUACAAGAAUUUGGUAUAUCCGAAUUUGAGCCGAGAAACGAGCUCGAGUUGUUUCAUUUUUAACAUACACUUUCACAUCAACGAUGUUGAAAAUGCUAGCUGAGUUAUGCACCUUUUAUCACUCGGCAGCUGUAGGUAAACUCCGAGAUAGCGUUACAGCCGGCAAUGGUUUUUAACAAAAGUACCAAGACUGUACUUAAUAGGCCGAGCGACGUUCGCCGCUGCAAGAUUAUUUCCGAGUUUACGCAUAGGUGAUAGAGAUGUUGGCCUAUUUUUUUAAUUUUGUUACGUUUUUCAUUGUCUUCUACAUUCACCGUUAAAAUUAACGAAAUUUCUCCUCUGUACGAUACCCCCAGAAUAUUUUUUAAAAAUUUAUUAACCUAUUACAAAUAGGUUUCUAUAUUACGUGAGAAUCAAAAGUUUACUUUUUAUACUUACGAUAUAAUAUAAUUUCGUAAUUGAUUUUUUAUCGCCUCCGUCAAGGGUACAGGGUACAUUGGCAAGGAGGAGCAAUGUACGUAUUAAUCCUUCCUUAAGGACGGAGUUAGGUAAUCUCCCGCGUUAUCGAGUGCGCUUGGACGAGUUAAAAUAGGAAACGGAAAGGAACCUAGGAGGAAUCGAGGACGGUCGAACUUGCCGUACUCAAAUUACCCGUACCGCUACACCCGAGGAAUGAAAAGUACAAAACAUCUUCCUUCUCUAAGAUUUUACACUUUGAGUACGUUUCAUUUCCCCGCAGAGCGAGACUCCAUUGUCGCAUCGCAAAGCUUAAGCGUUAAGAACUAUUAGGGAUAGGUACGAAGUGAGUCCGGACGUAGGCUUAGCAUUUAAUGCAUUUCUUUAGCCUGAAAGGUAGAGCGUAGUAUGCUCAAUUUUAAUUUCAACCUACGGUAGCCCAUAAGUACUCGAUUCCAAUUACCCAUUUCCUCCUUGAGCACACUACGCAUCGACGAGUACGAGUACAUCUCGAGAGCCGCUAAUAUCGUGUAACCCUUUACAAGUAAAUCUCGACAGUUUAUUAUUUCUGUACAAUAUACAUUUAUCAAAUUCCCGACUCGGAAUAAAACCCUUAGCUCGAGCCUGAGGUCAGACUCUCCUUUCUAAUUAUUCCGAUUCUACCUGACCGAGUACAGGGACGCUAGUUUAACCGAGCGAUGUCUUUUUGUACAUUCGAAAGUCCCUGCCAGUUAACAGAAAGUUUCGUCGAAGCCUUGACUUUCCAAGGUAUAUCUCUCUCGCGCGAAUCAUUUUUUCAAUUCUAAUCCGAGCCUAAAUUUCUAGAAUUUCGACCUGGAAAUCUGAGCUCCUAUUCUCGAAUUCAUAGGGACUUUUUCGCUUAAGAACGGACUCGCAUUAAAAAAUAUCCCAUUGUUGCGAAGUCGCAUAAUUGUAAUGAGAAAUUUCAUCGUAUGAAUUCGGGAAUCGGGUCCCAGGCAACGCGUUAUCGAGCAGCGAAGAGUUAUCCCCAGGCACUCGCUCGUCUCUACAUCUAUCCGAUAGAAUUAAACGGCGAGAAACAUUUGCGAUGACGCGAGACGCCACGCUCAUGUAUAUGCAUCAUUUUCGAAACUGUCCUCGUGCGAAAGUAGUUCUUGACCAUGUAAACGAGAUUCCUUUGUAUCCGGUUUCGGUCGAGGGUGACGUCGUAGUUUCCUUGGGACUCGCAACUACUUCGGUAUCAACGCCUUAUAGUCUUAACAAGUGUACAUAAUAUAAUUAACAGCAGCGGUCACAGGGAGUGCUCGGUCUCGAAACGAGCGAUUCUCCCCUAAUUCGAUUUUUCUUUAAACAGGUAGUACCGGGUUAAAAAACAAUUAAUUUCAUAGGGUCCUCGAGCGUUUUUCAAAGUGCCGCGGGUUCGGCCAAGGACUCCCAGUGACCGCUUCCGCGGACGCAAAAGAGCAGCCUUCGACUGAAUUAUUUUCAUAGAAUUACUUUUGAUACAUCCUAGGGGUAGAGAUAAUGUUCUAGGUCGCAAGCCGCAGGGAAAACUCUUCGUUGCGACCUGCUCGUCGGAAUCCGUUAUCGUUAAAGAGACACUAUCAGUUCCUACGCGUUCUACUGCCGCGAAAGAAAGACAAUGGAGACCCCGGAAGAUCGCGCGACCGUCUUCCAGAGUACGACGAAGACCGAUGCCUCCUUAGAGUCGAAAUAUCAAAUCGAUCGAUCUCUCGAUCCGGACAAGCGUAAUCAAACGUGAAUCUUCCAGGUAUUCGCGCUAUUAGGUGCGAACCCCGUGUACAAUUGACAGUGUCCAACUCGUUAGCGACAAUAGCUGGGGUCCUCGUGAUUGUCAAAACUCGUGGGGAAUCGGUAACAGGAAUUUAACUCGAGAGAGAGACGGUUUUCGCCCAGGUCGUGCAUACCCUGGUGGGUCUCGUAUCGUCCCGGGAUUUGUUAAAUAUACGAAGGGAAGGAUAAUUAACCGGUAAAAGCGUUGCGCAGCGCGUCCACCGCGGUCGAUUUAAAACCACCGUGUAGUCCGAUCGAUCAAUGGCAAUAAGAAAAAAAAAAAAAGAAAAAAAAGGGUACCCGGUAAUUACUUGGCAUCGCAUCGACGGUAAACCUAGAUAGACUAGUCGGAAGAACGGCCGGACAAAGAGUUAAUACGGCGAGACGACUUAUUAUAUAAGAAACGCGCCGUUCGUAAACGAAAAGGCCUGUAUGAUAAUAGUAGCGAUUCCUAAUGUUAAAGGGAGGACAAGAGCACGGAUAACGGAUUAAAGAAAAAAAAAAAAAAAAAUAUGAAACAAACGGUACGGUAAACAUAGAUAUUUUAUAAGUGAAACAAAUGAUCAUGUACGUUUAUUGCUUAUAGAGAAUAAUAAAAUCUGUGUCACGAGAUGCGAGCCUAGUUUCCUUAUCGCAUCCCUCGGCACCCGGUAUCGCAAUCGGCCGAUAACGCGAGGUGCCAACGGAAUAUAAAAUGGGGGAACAGUAAACACUCGGUGGGUACCGCUCUUACCGGGGUAAGAAAAUUUAUUUUGCGACAUCUCUCGUCCUUCCGGAGUGCGCACCUCUCGUACAUGGUGCUCGCUCCGAUCUCCUUAAAACUGUACAUCGGAGAGUUUAUAUAUAAAAAAUAAUUUACUUAACUAUUGACUAGAGGAAGAGGUAGCACCUUCUCGCGAGAUACCCAGGGUUGGGCAAUUAUUACUUUCUCGAGGUUUUUUUUUUCACAUACCUCACGUAAACCACGUAGAGCUUACCGUGGAAAAUCAUAGCAAAUUACGUUUCCAAUAUACCGUAUGUCGCGGACGUACGACAUGCGGCCUCCGCUAAAUUACAAACAUCAAUUAUUACAUAUUCAAACGGGUAAAUAUUUUCUAAGAAUAGCAAAUUAAUUUCACUAAUUUCAUUGAAAUUCCUCCCUGGAUUUAUCUUCCAUACAGAAGUACCCAACCCUGGAGACAACUCAUUACGACCCGCGUACCGCGCAUGCGUAGUCGGGGGGAAGCCACCGGAAUGCAUCGAUCGAGAACAAAUAAAUCGAUCGUCUCGUAAUCGAUCGAUGCCUUAAACGACAUCGAUCGUGCCCUACGUGAUUACCGGCAGGUAAAUCGCCACAGCCAUCUUAUUAGAUAAUAUACAUA